AUGGAAGCUGCGAAAGUGAUUGCAAAAGAUCUUGGGUUCUUUUUGACACAUUCAUCAACCAAAUCAAAUGAUGGCGAGAAGUACCCCCGAAUAUAUCUUCACUGCCAUCGUGGAUAUAAGAACAAUACAUAUGUCCCAGAUCCGGAUAAGAAAGGACGAUCCAACACAAAGUCACUUAAAGAUGGUUGUCGUUUUCGAGUGAGACUGGUGGGACUCCGGGAGGAUAAGACUUGGAUGAUUGAUGGUGUGAAGGACAAUCACAAUCCGGGACAAUUUUGUGGGUUUCACAACCAUGCAUUAGAGCUUUAUCCCGAAGGCCACACUCAGAGGAAUGCUUUUACUAAUGAAGAGCUAAAGGAUAUGAAGGAGAUGGAAUGGGCUCGUGUUGCUCCUCGAAAAAUGAUGCAAACUAUCAACCAAAAGUAUGGUACUCACCAUAACAAACGACAAUUUUACAACAUGACAGCAAAUAUAAGGAUUGAGAGAUUGAGUGGCAUGACCCCUUUGGAUUGGACGUUACACCAUGCGAGAGAGAUGGGGUACUACAUUGGCUACAAGCGUGAUGAUGAUCGCCACCUUACUCACCUUUUUCUUGCUCACCCUGAGUCCGUUCGGAUGUUGAGUGCUUGGUACCAUGUAAUCUUGAUUGAUUCCACAUACAAGACGAACAAAUAUAAGAGGCCCCUGGUUCAGGUUAUUGGUGUUACCCCCGUCAAGAGGAACUUCAACAUUGGAUUUGCUAUGAUGGAGGGGGAAACCACGGAUUCUUAUGUUUGGCUUUUGAGAGAGUUACAGAACAUGCUUGGAGAUCGCAUACCGAAUGCAAUUCUAACUGACAAGGAGGGAGGAUUGGUUGCCGCUAUCCCUCAGGUCUUCACGAAAUCGGCUCACUUGUUGUGUAUAUGGCACAUAAAGCGGAACAUUGAAGCUAAGAUGAUGGAUUUGGGGAUACCACAAGAAGUUGCUCGAGGAGUGGUACAUGGUUCUUGGAAGAAGGUGAUGGAAGCCACCACGCCACAUGCCAUGAUUGAGGAAUGGGAAAAUUUCAAAAAUGGAUUUUGGGGGAGGAAUAGUAAGUUGAUAGAAUACUUGGAUCGUGAGUGCUUGGAGCAUAAAGAGAAGUGGGCUUGUGCUUACACUAACAAUAUUUUUCAUAUUGGUAACACAAGUACGAAUAGGGUUGAAUCGGCUCACUCGACUCUUAAAGCUUGGUUAAACACUUCGACUGGGGGAGUUAAUACAUUAUUUUUAUCAUGGCAUGCUAGCAUUGGGGGGCAAGUGAUCGAAAUUAGGAAAGAGCUAGAGACAUGUCGAACAAAGACAUUCAAAGGAGCCUAUGGACCACCCUACGGCGUUAUAAGGGGAAGUGUAAGCCUAUAUGCGCUUGAGUUGAUGUUUGUAGAGGGAAAGAAGACUCCUUCGGAAUGUGAUUGUGUGAUUGGGAGGACACAUGGGCUCCCAUGCAGUUGUCGAAUCAACUCCUUUAAAGGAGCGGGAGACCAUUUUCAGAUAACACACUUGGCACCAUUCUGGUCUACUUUGGACUAUGCUAACCCUCAUGAUGCAAGACGGUUCGAAGAAAAUGACGCCAAUGAUCUUCAGAUUUUUCAUGAUCUAGUGGCUGAGGUGUGUAGAUGUGGUCCAUCUGCAGUUCGAGCAGCCAAGGUCGCAUUAAUGAGUCAGCUUUACCCCGAAGAGGAAGGCCUUAGGGAGCCACGAGUGUCUACGAAGGCAAAAGGUUGGCCACCUAAAAGGGAAAACGCUCGUGAUCCUUCUUGGCAUGAGCACGCUGCCGCACGUCAAGGUAGAAGGAGCACAAGGAGGAAGACAUCAACCUCAGAUGUUACAGGUUUGUAUUGA